GUGGCACCGGAGCGCCCGGCGCUGUCUCCUUGUCCCCAUCACGGCUCCCGCUCGGCCCCCCCGCGCCGCCAUGUCCGCGCCCGGCAGCGGCGGCGACUUCGGCAACCCGCUCAGGAAGUUCAAGCUCGUGUUCCUGGGCGAGCAGAGCGUUGGGAAGACCUCCCUGAUCACCAGGUUUAUGUAUGACAGUUUUGACAAUACUUACCAGGCAACCAUUGGCAUUGAUUUCCUGUCAAAAACGAUGUAUCUGGAGGACCGCACGAUCAGGCUGCAGCUGUGGGGCACAGCCGGCCAGGAGAGGUCCCUCAGCCUCCUCCCCAGCUCCACCCGUGACUCUGCUGUGCCUCUCAUUGUCUGUGGCAUCACAAGUGCGGCUGCAGCUCUGGGACACGGCGGGGCAGGAGCGCUUCCGCAGCCUCAUCCCCAGCUACAUCCGCGACUCCACCAUCGCCGUCGUGGUCUACGACAUCACAAACUUGAAUUCUUUCCAGCAAACCUCCAAGUGGAUCGAUGACGUCCGGACAGAGCGAGGCAGCGACGUCAUCAUCAUGCUGGUGGGGAACAAAACCGACCUGGCAGACAAGAGGCAAAUCACUACAGAAGAAGGUGAACAGAGAGCCAAAGAGCUGAAUGUGAUGUUCAUUGAGACCAGUGCAAAGACUGGAUACAAUGUGAAACAGCUUUUCCGCCGUGUGGCUGCUGCCUUACCUGGGAUGGACAGCACACCAGAGAAGAGCAAAGAAGACAUGAUUGACAUCAAACUAGAGAAGCCCCCCGAGCAGCCAGUCACGGAGAGCGGGUGCUCCUGCUAACGGCACCUCCCAGCCAUGCCCUGAGAACAUCACUCAUUGCCCAGGCAUCCCUAUGUGGGGCUGGAAAACAGCUCCUGAGAGCGACCUCCCUGUUUACUGGUGGGGAGCAGCCCCGGCCGCCCCUCUCACUGCAUGGUAUGAGCCCUGAGUGCAGAAUGAGUGUCCUGUCUUUUGAGUUUAUUUUUUUAUGUUGUUGCACUUUGGCACCGUGGUGCCCUUUACACUCUCUCUCUCUGUCCCUCUCUUCCUCCCCUUCUCCCCCUCUCCCCCACCUCGAGCCCACCUGCUCCCCUGUACCUUGUGAAUGCCAUGGAAAAGCCGCCACGUUAGGGAAGACAGAAACGAAGCUUUGGGGGUGGGUUCUCUGCCUUCCCUACUGCCUUGCAUCCCAGCCAGCUCCCUGCCCUGCCUGUCCUGCAGCCCCACUUCCUCUGGGAAGGCUGCUCCUGUAAACCAGUCCCUUGGACUCGGCCUUGCCUUUCUGGACAGCCCAGGUCACCUGUUCCCAGGCUUUGCUUCCUGCAGGGCACACACACAACAUUAACUCCGUGGUUUCUCCUUCCUGCUGAUGGCCCUGCCUCACUCUUGCUCACAACUUCCAAGUUUUGCCCCUGGUGUCACACACAGCACUGGAAAGCCCCAAACUCUGAAAGCUUUGGCCUUGUUGCUCCUGUCUGUGUAACAGAGACAUCCCACAGCCUGCUCUCCUCGCUUGGAAUCCCUUCCCAUCCAGAGGACGUUGGUGCUUGGUGAGUGUUGGUGUAGGGAAGGAGGAGGAGGGAACAGAGGCUUUGCAGCGUAAGGCUGGGUGGGGAGAGAUCCUCAGGGAUUCUGAAAGCAAGCAGUGACCUGAAAUCCAGCACUGCUGGGGCAAUACCUGUCCUGGCAGUCAUGGAUUUGGCUCAGGCUCCUUUCCUGAACUCCAUUCUCCUGUUCUCCUCGUCCUGUAGAUGGGGAACUGCUUCUCUGGAGCAGGAGAGCCACAGCAGAUGGAAGGGCAGCAUUCCACUCUUAUUCCCAGGUUGCUGCUUGAUGGGAUCCCACCCAGCUGCCUCUGCCUUUGGAGCAGAACUCUGGGAUGGGGCCACCAACCCUUUCACUCCUGAGGGCUGAGGGGAGCAGGGAGUGACUGUCAGAGUGGGUGCAGGAAUGGGGGAUUGUCUGCUGCUGAAGGGAAUUCUGGGGUCAUUUCCCAACCUUGGAGGUUGGGAAAUGCCUCCUCUCCCCACUGUCCCUGGUUUUCAGAGCUUUUCAGAGCUUUUAGUGGGGUUUUUGGGUCCAUGUGUCCUAACAGAAGUCAGGAGGUUUGUCAGUUGGCAGAGAGGAGAAUUUCACUGCCCUCUCCUCCCGGGCUGUGUCACCGGGAGGAUGCUGGUGGCAGGAGAGGGACUGAGCACAGGCUGUCCCUGACCCCGUGUGUGGAGCCCACGGGCCCUGAGCAGGGGAAGGGGCAGCUGGGGCUGGGAUCUGGCAGUCCCUGGGAUGGCAGGUUGUCCCUUCCCUCGGGGUGAGCUGGGCUGCAGGAGGAGGCUGGGCUGUGGUUCCCCGUUCCCUGUGGAGUGUCCCCUGUGCCCCCGGGAGGCGGAUCCCUGUCCCUGUCCCUGUACAUACCCGUUGGGAUCGCUGGUGUCGCUGUGUCCCUGUGUGUUGCUGUCCCCCCCGCGGCGGCCCCGCUGCCCCCCCUGUCGUGUUGUUGGAGUCGCGGAGCGGGGAGGGAGGGGGGAGACCCCACUGACGGGGUGGGGGUAAUUAGUGAAAUGAAUAGUUCCCUUCCCUCUGUCCUCUCUGGUGUGUUCAAUGCCGUGUGUGUCGGCCCCGCUGUCUCGUAGCUGUAGCGAGUACGUGUGAUUAUUACUCUGAGUAUGGACUGUCUGACACAGCCCUGUAUCACAACCAAUAAAUAAAGUUAUUUCACCAACA